CCAAAGUCAACUCAACCACUCUACUUCUCUAACAAUCUUUCUCAGCUUAUCUCUUCUGGAGCUCAACCAUCAAUGGCAAUGGAAGACAAGCACAACCUCAAAGAUAAUAAGGAGCUUCAACCACUCCUAGUGUUUGGUCCUCCAACAAUCUUCCCAGUUUUUGAAGCUGAAAACUCUCACAAGUACCGUUUCCUCAAAGCUUUCUCCUCAAAAGUUCCUCUCCACCAAUUCCUCACUGAGCAAAAGGUUGACCCCUCAUCCAUUCAAGCCAUAUUGUGCAACCCUUCACAGAAGGUCUCAGCAGAUGCCAUCCGGCUCCUCCCAUCACUCGGCAUCAUUGUGACCCCCAGCGCUGGAACCGACCACAUAGACUUGGUUGAAUGCAGCCGUCAUAGUAUUCAGGUUGCCUCUACUGCUGGAGAUCAUGCCGGGGAUGUUGCUGAUAUGGCUGUUGGGUUGUUGCUUGAUUUAGUAUGCAAAAUUUCUGCUGCUGAUCGACAUGUUCGGAAACGGGGUCCGUCUAUGCCCUUGAAUCUUUCUUUUGGUUUUAAGCUAAAAGGAAAGCGAGUAGGGAUUAUUGGAUUGGGAAAAAUUGGCACAGCAGUUGCUGAAAGGCUUGAGGCCUUCGGUUGCAGAAUGAUGUACAAUUCAAGAAACGAGAAGGCAUUUAUUUCAUACCCCUUUUAUUCAAAUGUUGUUGAGCUUGCUGGUGAUAGUGAUGUCCUUGUGGUUUGUUGCGCAUUAAAUGAAGAAACAAGGCACAUAGUGAAUAGGGAAGUGAUGUUGGCGUUGGGGAAAGAUGGAUUUAUUGUGAAUGUUGGGCGUGGAGCUCUGAUUGAUGAAAAUGAAUUGGUGCAGUGUUUGAUGAAAGGGGAGAUAGGAGGUGCUGGUUUGGAUGUGUUUGAGAAUGAGCCUAUUGUUCCCACUCAUCUCUUUUCUUUGGAUAAUGUGGUCCUCUCCCCACAUAAUUCUGCAUUUACUUCAGAUUUUUUCCAUGAAUCAUGUAAACUUGCAGCAGAAACUCUGCAAGUUUUCUUUUCAAGUAGCAGCUAGCAGAUCCUGUAAGCUAAGGUCAAGGAGUCAAUUUUUGUGUGAGAUACUAGAAGCUCUAGUCCUACUUUUCUUACUUUGAUGAAACUGAGAUGUUUCUGCAUGCACUCAGCUCAUCUAGUGAAAGAUGUUAUAUACAUAGUUAUAAGAUUAACUUUGUAUUGUAGUAAGAUGAAAAUGAAGGAAAAGAAAAGUGUAGAUGAGAUAGAUGAUUAUGCUAACCAAAAAUAGCAUAUUAACAGCUAACUUUUGGUGAUAAAAGAAAAACAA